AUGGACAUCAACCAGGUGUUGGAGGGGACGCUUUCGCCUGACGCCAACAUCCGAAAGGCCGCCGAAGAACAGCUCAACUCGGCUGCCGAGUCCGACUUUCCCCAAUACCUUACUAUCCUCGCCGGCGAGCUCGCCAACGAGCAGUCACAGCCGCACAUUAGGACCGCCGCCGGUCUUGCCCUCAAGAAUGCCUUCACCGCACGCGAGUACGCACGGUUACGUCAGGUUCAGGAGCGAUGGCAAGCUCUUGACCCCCAGAUCAAGAGCAACGUGAAGCAGCUUGCUCUGAACACACUAUCUUCGUCAGACGCCCGCGCCGGACAGUCUGCCGCCCAGUUCAUCGCCUCCGUCGCCGCUAUCGAAAUACCUCAGAACCAAUGGCCGGAGCUGAUGCAGACGCUUGUGCAAAAUGUGGGCGAGGGUCCACCCCACCAGAAGAUGGCCUCGCUGACCACCAUCGGCUUCAUCUGCGACACAGAUGACUUGGACCUGCGAGAGGCUCUUCAACACCACUCAAAUGCCAUCCUCACCGCCGUUGUUCAGGGCGCCCGCAAAGAGGAACCCAACAACGACGUACGACACGCGGCCAUCGCAGCCCUCGGCGACUCGAUUGAGUUCGUUCGGUCCAACUUCGAAAACGAGGGAGAGCGAAAUUACAUCAUGCAGGUUAUCUGCGAGGCAACACAGGCGGAAGACAACCGCAUUCAGCAGGGUGCAUACGGCUGCCUGAACAGGAUAAUGGGCCUCUACUAUGACAAGAUGCGGUUCUACAUGGAGAAGGCGCUUUUCGGCCUGACCAUUCAGGGCAUGAAGAGCGACGAGGAAGAUGUCGCUAAGCUCGCUAUUGAGUUUUGGUGCACCGUGUGCGAGGAGGAGAUCUCCAUCGAAGAUGACAACCAGCAAGCUCAAGCCGAGGGCUCAACGGAGCUGCGGGACUACUUCAACUUUGCCCGCGUGGCUACCCAGGAGGUCGUUCCGGUCCUACUCGAGCUUUUGGCGAAGCAGGACGAAGACGCCGAUGACAAUGAAUACAACGUUUCUCGUGCUGCAUACCAGUGUCUGCAGCUCUGGGCAAGCUGCGUAGGCAGCGGCGUUGUACCUCCUGUCCUUCAAUUCGUCGAAAAGAACCUUCGCUCCGAUGACUGGCAUUACCGAGACGCAGCCGUUUCGGCUUUCGGUGCCAUUGUGGAGGGUCCUGAAGAGAACGUCUUGGAGCCGCUUGUCAAGCAGGCUCUUCCGGUCUUGAUCUCUAUGAUGGAUGAUCAGGUGAUACACGUGAAGGACUCCGCUGCGUAUGCUCUGGGUCGCAUUUGUGAGGGUGCACCAAGCGCUGUCGAUGAACAGCAGCACCUUCCCCCGCUCAUCAGCGCGCUUUUCAAUGGUCUCUCGAGCCACACCAAGAUGGCGUCUUCGUGCUGCUGGGCUCUGAUGAAUCUUGCGGAUCGUUUCGCCGGCGAGCCCGGAUGCGAUUCGAACCCGCUUUCCGCCCACUUCCAGCAGAGCAUCCAGCACAUUCUACAGGUCACCGAGCGAGGCGAUGCUGACAACCAGCUCCGAACAGCGGCUUAUGAGGUGCUCAACUCUUUCGUCAACAAUGCUGCCAACGACAGCAUCGGACUCGUUGCCACGCUUUCAAACGUCAUCUUGGAGCGAUUGGAGAAGUCUAUCCAGCUCCAGCAACAGGUCGUCAGUGUUGAGGACAAGCUUACACUUGAGGAGAUGCAGACGAGCUUGGCUAGUGUCGUCAUGGCUAUCGUUCAGCGGUUAGAGACCGACAUCAAGCCGCAGGCAGACCGCAUUAUGCAGAUUCUGCUCACGCUUCUUUCCAGCCUCCCACCCAAGUCCAGCGUCCCGGACGCCGUCUUCGCUGCCAUUGGCUCUAUCGCAACGGCUUUGGAGGAGGAUUUCCUCAAGUACAUGGAUGCAUUCUCCAAAUUUCUUUACAAUGCGCUUGGCAAUCAGGAAGAACCUAGUCUCUGCUCCAUGGCGAUCGGUCUUGUUAGCGACAUCACUCGAGCACUCGGCGAGAAGGUUCAGCCAUACUGCGAUGCUUUCAUGAACUACCUGCUCAACAACCUGCGCAGUGUUCAAUUGGGUAACCAGUUCAAGCCGGCCAUUCUGCAGUGCUUCGGUGAUAUCGCUCACGCGAUCCUUGGCGCCUUUGAGACAUACCUACCUGUCGUAGCGCAAGUGCUCCAGCAGGCUUCGUCUGUCUCCAUGACCACCGAGGGCAACUUUGAGAUGAUGGACUACAUCACUUCGCUCCGCGAGGGUAUCAUGGACGCCUGGGACGGCAUCAUUGUCGCUAUGAAGUCGAGUGGCAAGACCCAGUUGCUUGUACAAUAUCUGGAUUCUAUCUUUGAGCUGCUUCGCAUCGUCCAGCUCGACAGUAACCGCACCGAGGCGCUACUACGUUCGUCUUGUGGCGUGAUCGGCGACAUAGCUGAGGCCUUCCCCAACGGUGACAUCAAGGAAUACUUCCGUCAUGACUUCCUGACUGCGAUGACCAGGGAAACGCGCGCCAACCAGGACUUUACCAACCGCACACGUGACACCGCUCGGUGGGCACGCGAACAGAUCAAGCGUCAAAUUGGCGGCGCCCAAGGUGUCAUGGCCUGA